AUGUACAGCGACGGCUCUGCGGGCUACGAACUGCUCGUGGCUCCGAUUCUAUCUGUGCUUAAUCCGGACGUUGCCAACUCCAGCAAACACAAGCUGUUUCUUGAUCCAAGUGACCGUAAGAUGUUGCUGGAGAGUGCUCUUCUUAAAGACAUUGCAGUGAAGCGAGGAGUGGUCUGCGACCCCAGCAAGGUGGCAUUUAUCCGUCGAGUCUUCGCGCAAGCUGUGGAUACAUUUCAUGAGACGGAUGAGAAAUUUGAAAGUGCCCUUAAGUGUCUGUGGAUUGGCUUCGAAGCUGAAGUUAUCCGUGCACUUGGAGCUUCGGAGGAAAGCAUAGCGUACGUUCGGCGUUUGAGUCAAAUCUUAGCGAAAAGAAGCAAGAAGGGCGACACAGAUUUUACUGCUCUGUACGCCUAUGCUAAGCUGGAGCUAACUCUUGGAAACGAGCGCCAAGUUCGGCGUAUCUGUGCCAACACGCUCAAGUCACUUGCAUCUCCUUCCGUCAACACGCAAUCGGAAAGAGAUUUCCAUCGUUUUGCCUUUCUUCAAGCACGUCUCGAAUUGUGGUCGUCCUCUGGUGAGCGAAAGAAAAACAAUGAAAAAGCGCAGAAUCGAUUGUUGCGAUGUCUGUAUACGCUCUGGAGUGCGAGGCAACUGGAUAACACGGAGAAGGAAUCGCUUGAAACGAUUACCAAGAAGCACAAGAGCCGGACUAAUGACUACUUGCAGGAGCUCUUGAUUUCCAAUCCGUCGACUACAUGUAGAACUGAUCUCAUUGCGAGAUAUCGAGCGGAUCUCCACUUUGCGAUUCAGCAUUGCGUCGAGUCAACUACGCGAAAGCUCGAAGGAAAUACUAGCUCACAGUAUCGAUCAAGCUGUUGGGCUGGGUACUGUAUGCACAACUUGGCACUCGUUGUUUACACCUAUGACGGAUUUGAUGCAGCUUGUCGUGAAUACCGGCAGACUUUGGCCAACGCAGAGCAUCAGUUUUGUUCGCAUGUAUCGUGGAUGUGGACGUGCUUCCUCGAUUUCAUGCAGCAACAUCAAGUGUCGGGCGUAGCUCCUAGUCUCGCCCCUCGUGAAUGGCGUUCGUCAAUCGGUGAAGCAGUGGAGAAAUUCUCAACCAACAAGCUGUUUCUUCGACUCUUUGUUGAUGCCGAGACGGGAAAUACCAUCUCACAGGUGCUUCGCAAUUACUUCCUUCGGGUAGAGAAAAGGUGGCGUCGACACUUUGACUCACCAGAGUUGGUGGAGUGGCUGUUCGCGCUGCUCUGUGAAUUUUACCGUGCUGAGCGAGCUGCGACGACCAGGGAAAGGUCAAAGUCAAGUGUCGACGAAGUCUGCUGCUUGAAUCAUCGCUGGGGUAUGAACGCGACGGCAGUUAACCGUAUCCGACAAAUGUUUGAAAGCAUGGUGAAUCAGAUUCGAACAAAGGGGAACGCGCUUUGCUGGGGGCUAUAUAUGCGCUUUGAAGUUGCUCUAGGAAAGGUGGACGCUGCAAAGAAGGUGUUAUACCGAGGAAUUGCAGCCUGUGCGUGGAGUAAAGCGCUAUACAUGGAUGGACUACGCGCAACACGGCCUUAUCUGAGUGAAGACGAAUACCAAGAACUUAUCGAGUUUAUGGAAGCAAAGGAGCUGAAUUUGCGAGUGGACUUCGAGUGA